AUUCUUUCCUCUGUCAAGAUUUGGGAGCUGUGAGUACGAGUCUUUUGAGUGAUAGACGAAAAUUGAUCAGAAAGGGAAAGAGGUAGUCGGGAGAGUCUGUUGGUCGACAUCGCCGUUGUAGUCCACUGUCAUUUGCAGGCAAUCAGAAGGAGACUUUCCACUUGAACAACAACACCUUCAAACUUGCAUAGCAGGUUGGAAUCGAGUAACUAAAUUAUACCCAGAUGGCGCUUUUCUCUAGCGAUGGGGAAGAAGUACUGUCAAGAACAAUAAGAGGUGAACCUCCAACUCACUUCGCACUUAGGAUUAAGUCAUUUUCCUUGCUCAAAAAUUCCUUACUUGAAAGAUACGACUCUGGGGAUUUCGAAGCUGGUGGCUACAAAUGGAAACUGAUUCUGUACCCAAAAGGAAACAAGAACAAAAAUGGGGAAGGGCACAUCUCUAUCUACUUGGUAAUGUCGGAGACAAAUUCCCUCUCUCCAGGUUGGGAGGUCCAUGCUUUGUUCAGGCUGUUUGUGCUUGACCAACUUAGGGACAAGUACUUGACACUCCAAGAUGCCAAUGGAAGAGCAAGAAGAUUCCGUUCAACAAUGACUCAAUCUGGAUUCGACAAAUUCAUUACCCUGAAAGGAUUCAUUGACCCUAAUAAGGGAUUCCUGGUCGACGACACUUGUGUGUUUGGAGCUGAAGUCUUUGUCCAGAGAGAGAGUGUUGCAGGCAAAGGGGAGAGUUUGUUGAUAACAUCCGGAACUGUCAGUUGUAACCAUACCUGGAAGAUAGAUAAGUUCUCUGAAUUGGAUAAGGAAUUCAAUUACUCUGAGGUCUUCACUGCUGCUGGUUAUAAAUGGAGAGUGACACUUUAUCCCAAUGGUUGGGGAGAAGAGGAAGGCAAAAGCCUUUCUUUGUUCCUGGGGUUGAAUGAUUCAACAACCCUUCUUCCUGGCCGAGGAGUGUAUGUGGAGUAUCAAUUGCGAGUGGUCGACCAGGUCAACAGCAAGCACAUGGAAAAUGAAUGUGAGAUGCAUCACUGGUUUAAUGACUCAACUGAGGCAUAUGGUUUUGAAGAUUUCCUCUCACUCAAUAGUUUUAGAGAUCAAUCGAAGGGUUACUUGGUGAAAGAUGUCUACAUCAUUGAAGCACACAUUCUACUCAUUGGAGCAAUUGGUGAAAGAUGUCUGCAUCAUUGA